AUGUCUCAGAAUAUCUCGAAUCUCAGCAAUUUUGACGCUCAUGCAUUCGCGGCCCCAGCAGGUGUCGCUGAAAAUGACCUAGGGAACCAGACAUUCCCGAGGCCCAACUUUCUGACACUGCAUAACUUUGUCGACAAGUCGGUUGAGGCUGUUGGGUCCUCUGGCAGUGACGAGGGUGUUUUGGUGGCCGGUGCUGAUUCCCUUAACGCAUCUCCUACCGUCUCCAGUGGUAAUGGAACCCUAUCUUUCGCACUGUCUCCCGAUGCUGAAGAAGUCGCUCAUCUGCGUGCUGCCUCUGAAAAUAAGGCGACUUCUGGCGAUUCCGACGCGUUGGAGGAUAUGCGUGUGGAAUGUUGUGUCUUGAGGGCACGCAUUGGAGACAUUGAAGAUCAGAUGGAACAGACGCGGGAAAACCACCGUCGCCUCGUCGAGGAGACUCGGCAACAUCGUACCGAGGUGGAAAACCUGCGGACGCAGCGGGCCGAGCUGGAGGCAGCCCUCGCUGAAGCCCAGGCGAACAUCGCUGCUCUCGAGAGUAAGGAUCGACAGCAGCAUCCGUCGACCGCCUUCAACCACCUUUCACCACCAACCUCCUGCUUGGCCGACUCAUCUGCUCAUUCUGAUCGAAUCGAACUGGUCCCCGGACGUCUGGUAACGGCCUCCUCCCUAACCGUAAUUCCACUAAUGCUGCUAGUGUUUGCCGUGACCACCAGCGUCGAAGCCCCUCGUCGUCGUUACCCCACAUACUCCCCAACAUUGAUGAAAAUGUCUACUUUGAUUACGCAGGCCAUUGUCCGGCUCCUCACUCCGCCCGUUCGCAAACCCUGUACACAACCACGCGAGUUCAGACUUUUGUUGAGAGGCACACACGCCCAGAUUGGUGUGCCCGAACCAUGCGACAACACACCUCAUCCUGUGUAA